CAGCAAUAUGGUCAUCGUAUUUAUCUCUAUCCGCCAACGUUGAAAUGUGAUUGGCUCAGGCAUGUUCCAAUUAUAUAACAAUUGCUCAGAUCAAGGGACUAUUGGUUCACAGUUUGUUUGUAAUAAAGCUGCUUCAUUGUUCCAAGUCCACAAGCUGAAAUUACUGUCAUGACCUAAGCAACUUAUCUGGCUUUCGAUAAUGGUUGCAGUGAAAAGUGAGUGCUUAACCCUUUUGACCUUCUGUCUCUACCUUUCCUCCGGUGAGGAGGAAGUGAUAAGGACACUAUCGCAUGGAGGGCAAGUACGUGGUUUCCGGCAGACGGUGAGCGUAGAUGGAAAUAAUCGUGACAUUGACACAUUUCUGGGUGUGCCUUACGCGAAGCCACCCGUCGGAAUACGCCGAUUUGCUGCUCCAGAGGCCCAUGGUGGAUGGUCUGGCGUGAAGAACGCCACCACACGACCAUUAACUUGCUGGCAAUACCUUCCGGGUGAAUUUGAUUUGCAAAAUCCUGCUGCAAGAAUGUGGUUGAAUAACACAGAAAUGAGUGAAGAUUGCCUGUAUCUGAAUAUAUGGAGCCCGGCAAAACAUGAUCAAAAAUUGCCUGUGCUGGUUUGGAUUUACGGGGGUGGAUUCACUACUGGUAGCUCAACGCUGGAUAUCUACGAUGGCUCUGUGCUAGCUGCGACUCAACAAGUGAUUGUACUCAGCAUGCAAUACAGACUAGGUGCUUUCGGAUUCUUGAGGCUUGAUCCGGAGGCCGGUACCACCAGCAAAAUAAGAAACAAUGUGUCUGAUGUCAAUACAAUUGCUCUCGGAAAUCAAGGUUUGUAUGAUCAACUUUUAGCUUUGGAAUGGACAAACGAAAACAUCAUCCACUUCGGCGGGAAUCCAAACCAGGUAACCAUAUUCGGUGAAUCCGCUGGCGCCGUGAGUGUUUCGAUUCUAUGGCUUUCUCCUUUGGCUCAAAGAUUUUUUCGGCGUGCAAUUAUCCACUCGGGGAGCGCAUACGCUCGAUGGGGACUUAGCAACACGGAUGAGGCGAACAACCGGAGUUCCGAGCUUGCUGUAGCCUGUGGAUGCAAACCUCCAUCAAUUAGUCGUGAAGGAAGCAUAAAAUGUCUGCAGAGCUUGGAUCCAAUUACUCUUAUAAACAACCUGGACUCUAUAGCUGCGGCUAUUGGUGAGCGACGACUUCAAACACUAUUGAGGACAUUAAAUAAUGCUUCAGAUCCACCGGAUCCCGAAUUGCUCAGCUGGGCUGUCUCAAGUCGAAGCUACUUUGAUGUCCCACUCCCACCAAUUGUCGAUGGAUUUUUACUACCCGCACCUCCAGAUGUAAUGCUAUCUCAAGCGCACUUUUCCAAACUCAAACAUGCCCCCGAGUUACUUGUAGGUGUGAACAAAAACGAAGGAAUGUAUUUCCUGAUGUAUGGUCUUGCAAUACGGGACUCACAGUUUCUGUACCCCAACGGCACAGUGAACCUACCGGAGGGAGUACGACUUGCUGGAAAGCGUCAGCCUCUUAAAUCUUUGAAAUCUCUGGCAGACUUCCACCGUAUCACAGCGGCGCAGCUACUAGAUGAGAAGUAUUUGAUCAAUGGAAUCACACAGUUGCCAGCCUUAUUCUACGGUCUGCCAGUUCAGACAAACUCCACGAUGGGCUAUGCUGACCCAGAAACGAUACAAAUGUCUGGCGAGGAAUUGAUGCAGCGGCUUGAUCUUCUCUCGGGUGACGCCGACUUCGUGUGUCCUACGUUGAACUACGCCGAACUUGUGGCAAAAAUGGACAAAUCCAAAGUUUUUCUGUACGAAUUCCGCAGAAGGACAAAUUCAACCACCAUGCCAGAGUGGGCCGGUGUCAUGCAUGGCUACGAGCUUGAGUAUGUUUUUGGCAUGCCACGUUCAGAGAGAUUUCAAGACCAGUAUUAUAGGUUCAACGAUGAGGAAAGGCAACUUAGCGACAUGAUGAUGAAAAUGUGGACAAAUUUUGCAAAGCGAGGUGACCCAAACUUGAACGAUAAUGGUACCAGUAGUCCGGUGAGAUGGCCGAAAUAUCGUCCCAUCUCAACUUCUGCUAAGUCGGGCGAGUACUUGAUUUUGGAUACGGAAAUUCAGUCUUCCAGAAAGUUGAAAAUUGAUGGCUGCCGUUUCUGGUUGCACCAAAUGAGUGAAUUAAGCGCCAUUCCAAGGGAAACCUGUGAUGAUCUUUCAAACAACGCCGGUCGGGCUUGGCAUGACAGCAGUAACGUCAUCAAGAUCAUGGCUGCUUGGAUAGCGCUUUCAGUAUAUCUCCAGAGAUCACUUUGCCAGAGCUUAUGCUGAACUACUUCGUGGGAGUUUUGGAAUAGUGCUUCGCUCCCUCCGACCUUCUUGAGGGCUGCAAAUCUGAAUUCCAAUCGAGUCCGUUGGAUUCACCGGACGUAUAGGAAGAGUAACAUUCCAAUAGUUCUAUUAACUCAUGUGAUGUUUUUUCUCAGGCAAGCGCACCAUUACCUGUAUGCCCAACUGACAACGCAACGUUUCCUUCAGGCUCAUUAGACUUGAGUUUAUAACUGAUAUGACUGUUAUAUGACUGUUAUGACCUGAGUGUUAACCUUGACUGUUUUAACCUUGAAUGUUCGACUGUUUUAAUAUGAUUGUUUUAACCUUCUCUGUUUAACGGGUAUGAAGUUCACACGCUGCAUUCAGAGGGAGCUGUUGAUAUUUAAUGUACAAACGUGUUGUCACCUGUAUUACCCAUUAAAUGAAAGAUGCAAAUGCAGCCUCUCUUCGUUGCUUCGUGGUACAUACUUAUCCAAUC